CACACGCACUGUUGAACCGAGAGACACUGAAAGACAACGGAGACUACAAGAAUCAGAAUAUCAUUAUUAAUGAGGUGGGAAAUAAACAAGAGCAUCACGAGCUGCUUUUACGUCUGAUUGGAACUAACCCUUUUAUUUUCCACCCGGAUUUCAUUUACGCUUCUCCAAGAGGAACCUUCUUCUGAGGAUUACUUUACACUGUAAAACUUUUUUUGUUUAUAUCAGUAAGUCGUGCCUCGUAUGGGAAAGUAGAGAGGCAGAAAGAAAGUUUAUCUCCAGAGUUUAUCUUCACCUUUCCUCGUGCGCCUCAGCUGUUCACCUUGACUGUGACAUAACGGAACGCUUUUCAAACUUUCUCCAUGAGUGUUUGAGCUGGGCUGCACUGACGUGUGGAGCUUUCACUGCUUGUUGAAGGGUUGUCAACACAAUGGGACGCUUAUGUCUGCUUCUUGUUGUCAGCCUCUCCCUGCUCACCUGCCAGGUUUUGUGCUCCGGAAUGUUUGAGCUGAAGCUGCAAGAGUUUCUCAAUAAGAAAGGGGUACCUGGGAACGCAAACUGCUGUCCCGGGGGCUCCGCUUAUCCGCAGGGCCAAAACCAGCAGUGCGAGUGCAAAACUUUCUUUCGGGUGUGUCUGAAGCACUACCAGGCCAAUGUCUCACCCGAGCCUCCCUGCACCUACGGCGGGGCCGUUACGCCCGUACUCGGCUCCAACUCCUUUCAGGUGCCGGAGACAAACGCAGACAGCUUUACCAACCCUAUCCGCUUCCCCUUUGGCUUCACCUGGCCGGGGACGUUUUCACUGAUCAUUGAAGCCCUGCACACUGACUCCCUGGACGACCUGACAACAGAAAACCCUGAGCGUCUGAUCAGCAGAAUCACCACUCAACGUCACCUCACCGUAGGAGAAGAGUGGUCCAAGGACAUGCAAACGAGCGGUAGGACUGAGCUGCGUUACUCUUACCGCUUCCUGUGUGACGAGCACUACUAUGGCGAUGGCUGCUCUGUCUUCUGCCGACCCAGAGACGACGCUUUUGGGCACUUCACCUGUGGCGAGCGUGGGGAGAUCAUAUGCAACUCUGGCUGGAAGGGACAUUACUGCACUGAACCGAUCUGUCUUCCUGGCUGUGAUGAAGAGCAUGGCUUCUGUGAAAAACCUGGAGAGUGCAAGUGUCGUGUGGGCUUCAGUGGACGUUAUUGUGACGACUGUAUACGUUACCCGGGCUGCCUCCAUGGCACCUGCCAGCAGCCCUGGCAAUGUAACUGCCAGGAGGGAUGGGGUGGGCUCUUCUGCAACCAGGAUCUGAACUACUGUACACACCAUAAGCCCUGUCUUAAUGGAGCCACCUGUACCAACACUGGCCAGGGCAGUUACACGUGCUCUUGUCUGCCUGGGUACACAGGAGCCAGCUGUGAGCUCCAGGUCAACGAGUGCUCUGGAAACCCAUGUCGUAAUGGAGGCAGCUGCACUGACAAUGAUAAUGGCUAUAAGUGCACCUGCCCACCUGGUUUCUAUGGCAACUUUUGUGAGUUAAGUGCCAAUACCUGUGCAGAUGGGCCUUGCUUCAAUGGGGGGCGUUGCGCUGACAACCCUGAGGGAGGAUACUUUUGUCAGUGUCCAAUGGGAUAUGCUGGCUUCAACUGUGAGAAGAAAAUUGACCACUGCUCUUCUAACCCAUGUUUGAAUGGUGCAGAAUGCGUGGAUCUGGUGAACUCCUUCCUCUGCCAGUGUCCUGAGGGAUUUUUGGGUCCUAACUGUGAGGAUAGUGUCAGCAUCUCUGGGUACUGUCUGACCUUCCCUUGUCAGAACGGUGGGACGUGUCAGGAAGGAGUAAAUGGAUACACUUGUACCUGCCCCCCAGGAUACACAGGUGAAAAUUGCAGUUCCCCUGUCUCUCGCUGCCAUCAUAGCCCCUGUCACAAUGGAGCCACCUGCCAUGAGCGUGGCGGUCGCUAUGUGUGUGCCUGUGUGCCUGGUUACGGCGGUCACAACUGUCAGUUCCUCUUACCUGAGGUUCCCUUAGGUCAGCCGGUGGUUGACGGACCAGAUCGGAGAUAUUCCCUUGAUGGGGAAAUUGGUGAAGAGGAUGAUGAUGGCAACAGUGAUUUCCCCUGGACCGCUGUGUGCGCUGGGGUUUUCCUUGUUCUUGUGAUCCUGAUAGGCUGCUCUGUCCUGGUGGUCUACAUUCGGGUCAAACUGCAGGAGCGGCACAGUCACCACAGUGACAGUGUCCAUAGCGACAGCCAUGAGACAAUGAACAACAUGACUACCACUAACAACUGUCUCCGCAGCGACAAGGAACUUGGUUCACUGAUGACAACAUCUAUUAAAAACACCAACAAGAAGGUAGAAUACCAUUCAGAUCUUGCGGGGUCAUUGGGUGGUCUUAGUGGCAUCAGUGGACUUAACGGGCCAGAGAAGAACGGCUUUAAGACUCGCUAUCCUAGUGUGGAGUACAACCUGGUCCAUGAGCUGCGGCCUGAGGAGCUGUCGCUGUGUAAAGAUGAGGGCCAUGAAGAGCCGGAGGUUAAAUGUGAGAUCCUGGUUGACUCUGACUCAGAGGAAGGAUACAGGAAAAGACAUAACAGUGACGCAUCAGAAAAGAAACAAACAGAAGAGUCACCGAGCUGCAGUCAAGCAAAAUAUCAGUCAUCCAGUGACUUGAACAAUCACGCAGCAAGUGAUCUUAAAUACACAUCCACCAGUGACAUAAAAUACCAGCCAACAAGUGAUGUUGACUACCACAGUCCCAAUGACAGCAGGCACCAUUGUACGACAGACACCAAAUACCAGUCCGUCUACGUCAUGUCAGACCAAAAAGAUGAAUGUAUCAUUGCAACAGAGGUAUGAUACAAGUCUAGACCAGACCAGAUCAGACCAGAUUCCUCUGGUUGAUGGCGGUCCGCAAAAACCAGCCCUGAGCAGUAGAGCUCAGCUUGUCUCCAGGAGGUUUUACUCCUGCUGUUUGCUGCUGUUCCCUGGGAUUUACCAGAGGACUCGAGCCAAGAUGCUACUGAGCCAGUGCAGAUUCAAUUCCCACUUGGCAAGGACUUAGUACUAUAGUAGUACUAUGGGUGAAUACUGGACAUUUGUGACCCUCAAUGGAUCAUGGUCUUUUGCUGACUCUACUACAGAUGAAGUACCAAAAGACAGUGCUGAAUGAAUACUGAGGUCCAAAGGUGGCUGCUAGAGGACGGUUGCAUAAUUGAGGAAUAUUCUGCUCAUACCAGGAUGAACUCUUCUCUCUUGAUUUGGAUGUUGACCGAUGAUAUUGUAGUACCUUGGAGUACUGAUUGAAUGAACAGUGUAGUACCUUUGGUGUACUGAGAACUUUUGAAGUACUGUUGUAGUACUGUUAUGUGUUGUGGUUUUACAAUGCAGGUAAAAGCUAUCGUAGAUAGAGGACAGUUCAUGUUCUGUACAGUGCUGCAGAGUAAAAGAUGAACUACAAGUGACAGAAUAAGUACUGUAACAUCAAUAGUACUAUAGAUGCUGCAGUAAUAAAUGUAUUCAUUAAAUCAGUCUUAAUUUGAGCUUUCGAGUCAAAAGACAAAUACAGUGGCAAACAGUUGAACUACUGAAAAGCUGUACAUCUUUGGCUCUGCAGCAUUGACAGUGACAGUGUUGGCUGAGCUGGUUCUCAGCAGGUUACAAAGAACUGAGGACUCCGGUAGUGACUGCAGAUCGAUCCAACAUGGAUCCUGUUGGGCCAUACUGGCCCCUGACCCUGACCUGAAGGUUGUGAUACACGGGGUAAUGUUUUGGGCAGAACAUAUUAGAAACACAGCAGUCAAAAUGAGAGAACAAAUAAAGAGACAAGAGACUUGAGAAUAAAUCAGAAAAAAAUGAAGAAUUUGUGACCAUCUUUUUUUAAACAAAAUACCUUAAAGAGUUAAAAAAUCUUCCUUAGCUCUGAUGAUGCUGUUGUGUUUCCAAGGAGGCAGAGCUAUUAAGGACUAGUCUUAACUGCCAAGACCUCAUUGCACUAUGGAGAUGUGUGUGUUUAUGUGUGUAUGAGUGUGUGUGUACAGAAGAGUUGAUGCCUGUGUGUGGUGUCAUCAUGUAUUCACUGCCAACUCCCAUACCUAUCACUCCAAGUCUUCCACUAUUAGCCAAUUGAAAGACACCAUCACCCUGCCCAUUGUUUGUUAGGAUCAUUUAUUUUUAUUUUAUUUGUUAUCUAAAGAAAGAUGUAUUCUUUUAAUUAAAUUAUGUAAUUAUUUGUGUUACACUCUGUUGUGAUGUUUUUGUUAAACCUGUUAUAAUUUAUGUUGGAUUGUUUUUAUUGGAACAUAAUGUAUGUAUGUAUGUAUAUGUAUGUAUGCAUGUAUGUGUUAGGCACUUGAGACCCCUGUGAACUGUGUUGUAUUUAAGAGAAAAGUCUUACGUACAGAGCCUGUCAUUUUUAUUACUGGAAAACAGCGCAAUAUUUUUCCAAAAUAAAAGAGGAAUGAAAUAA